AUGGCGCGGCCGGUCCGGGGAGCGCUCCGAGCCCCGCGCCGCUCGCCUCGCCCGCUCCCCUGGCUGCUGCUGCCGCUGCUGCUGCUCCGGCCGGAGCCCGCCUUGGCCGCUGACCGGGCGCCCUGCCCCGCCGCCUGCACUUGCGCCGGGGACUCGCUGGACUGCGGCGGCCGCGGGCUGGCGGCGCUGCCCGGGGACCUGCCCGCCUGGACGCGGAGCCUAAACCUGAGUUACAACAAACUUUCCGAGAUUGACCCUGCAGGUUUUGAGGACUUGCCAAAUCUACAGGAAGUGUAUCUAAAUAACAACGAGCUGACAGUCAUACCGUCUCUUGGUGCUGCUUCACCGCACGUCGUGUCUCUCUUCCUGCAGCACAACCAGAUCCGCAGCGUGGAGGGCAGCCAGCUGAUGGCCUACCGGGCGCUGGAGGUGCUGGACCUGAGCUGGAACGACCUCACGGAGGUGCACAGCGCCUGCUUCCUGCAGGGACCGCCGCUAAAGGAGCUCAACCUGGCAAGCAACCGGAUCGGCACCCUGGAGUCCGGAGCUUUUGAUGGUCUGUCACGGUCGCUGCUGACGCUUCGCCUGAGCAAGAACAGGAUCACCCAGCUUCCUGUGAAAGCAUUCAAGCUGCCCAGGUUGACACAACUGGACCUCAAUCGGAAUCGGAUCCGGCUGAUCGAGGGCCUGACGUUCCAGGGGCUGGACAGCUUGGAAGUGCUGAAGCUGCAGCGGAACAACAUCAGCCGGCUGACGGACGGGGCUUUCUGGGGGCUGUCCCGGAUGCACACGCUGCACCUGGAGCACAACAGCCUGGUGGAGGUGAACAGCGGCUCGCUCUACGGCCUCACCGCCCUGCACCAGCUCCACCUCGGCAACAACUCCAUCUCCCGCAUCAACCGCGACGGCUGGAGCUUCUGCCAGAAGCUGCACGAGCUGACUCUGUCUUUCAACAACCUCACGCGGUUGGACGAGGGGAGCCUGGCCGACCUCAGCAGCUUGAGCAUCCUGCGCCUCAGCCACAAUUCCAUCAGCCACAUUGCGGAAGGAGCCUUCAAGGGACUCAGAAACCUGCGUGUCUUGGACCUGGGCCAUAACGAGAUCUCGGGCACAAUAGAGGACACAAGUGGUGCCUUCACGGGGCUCGACAGCCUCAGCAAGCUAUCUCUGUCUGGAAACAAGAUAAAGUCGGUGGCUAAGAGAGCAUUCUCCGGACUGGACAGCCUGGAGCACCUGAACCUUGGUGAGAAUGCGAUCAGGUCUGUCCAGUUCGAUGCCUUUGCGAAGAUGAAGAACCUCAAAGAGCUCCGCAUCAGCAGCGAGAGCUUCCUGUGUGACUGCCAGCUGCGGUGGCUGCCCCCGUGGCUGCUGGGCCGGACGCUGCAGGCCUCCGUGACCGCCACCUGCGCCCACCCGGAGGCGCUGCGGGGCCGGAGCAUCUUCUCGGUGCCCCCGGAGAGUUUCGUGUGUGAGGACUUGCCGAAGCCACAGAUCAUCACCCAGCCGGAGACGACAGUGGCCGUGGUGGGCAGGGACGUCCGGCUCACCUGCUCGGCAGCCAGCAGCAGCAGCUCCCCCAUGACCUUCGCCUGGAAGAAGGACAGCGAGGUUCUGGCCGACGCCGACAUGGAGAACUUUGCCCACGUGCGGGCGCAGGACGGGGAGGUGAUGGAGUACACCACCAUCCUGCACCUCCGCCACGUCACCUUCGGGCACGAGGGCCGCUACCAGUGCAUUAUCACCAACCACUUCGGCUCCACCUACUCGCACAAGGCCAGGCUCACGGUGAACGUGUUGCCAUCGUUCACCAAAAUGCCGCACGACAUCGCCAUCCGGACUGGCACCACGGCCCGCCUCGAGUGUGCCGCCACCGGCCACCCGAACCCCCAGAUCGCCUGGCAGAAGGACGGAGGCACCGACUUCCCCGCCGCUCGCGAGCGACGCAUGCACGUCAUGCCUGACGACGACGUGUUCUUCAUCACGGACGUGAAGCUCGAUGACAUGGGGGUUUACAGCUGCACCGCCCAGAACCUGGCCGGCUCCAUCUCGGCCAACGCCACCCUGACUGUCCUGGAGACCCCGUCCCUGGCGGUGCCCUUGGAAGACCGUGUGGUGUCCGCGGGGGAGACGGUGGCGCUCCAGUGCAAGGCGGCGGGGAGCCCUCCGCCCCGCAUCACCUGGUUCAAAGGGGACCGCCUUCUGAGCCUCACUGAGCGUCACCACUUCACCCCCGGCAACCAGCUGCUCGUUGUGCAGAACGUGGGGGCCGAGGAUGCGGGCCGGUACACCUGUGAGAUGUCCAAUGCCCUGGGCACCGAGCGGGCACACAGCCAGCUGAGCGUGUUGCCCAGUCCUGGCUGCAGGAAGGACGGGACUACCGUGGGCAUCUUCACCAUCGCUGUGGUGUGCAGUGUGGUCCUGACGUCCUUAGUCUGGGUGUGCAUCAUCUACCAAACCCGGCGGAAGAGGGAGGAGUACAGUGUCACCAACACAGAUGAGACCGUGGUGCCGCCGGAUGUUCCGAGCUACCUGUCUUCUCAGGGGACCCUUUCUGACCGGCAGGACACUGUGCUCAGGACCGAAGGUGGCCAUCAGGCCAAUGGGCACGUCGAGAGCAAUGGUGUCUGUCCGAGAGACGCAGGCCUCUUUCCAGAGGCCGAUGGUCCCGGCAUCACGUGCAGGCAGCCCCGGCUCUGUGUUGGGUACAGCAAGGAGCCGUGGAGAGCGACAGAGAAAGCCGGCGGCACACCUGGUCCACAGAAGAUGGAGCCCGAUGGCCCGGCUGUAUGCAGUGACAGCAACACUGACGUGGACACUUACUCCAAGGACCACGCCUUCUGUCCUCAGCCGACGUCCAGGGACAGCACACAGCCAGACACACCGAGCAGCCAGGAGCCUCACAGGAGUGACCGAGAACAUUCUCCAUGUCCGAGCAGUCUCCACAGUGGGACUGGUGAUGGGUCUCACCCGGACUGCAGGGAGUCCCUCUACCCUAGUAACCACGACAGAAUGCUGCCGCCCUGGAAGAGAAAGCCAGGGGCGCCUCCGGAGGGGAAAGGGGCCCUUCCGUGGAUGUUCGCAGGGGUGUGUGAGCCAGACUCCAUGGACCCCCAGCCAACACUGACCCCGGGCAGUUCUGAGCCUACACGAGCCACCCUGGACUCUCCAGACGCCCCCAGUGAAGGUCGGCACUUGCUUCUGCCGAAUGGACACGUCCCCACGGCAGGUGACUCCAGUCCCGAGUCCACGCCACUGACAGGACAGCCACCCGGGAGGCGGAGCGGGCCGCUGCUAUUUGCCCCGCGGGCCUAG